GAAACACCUGGACCAGCUUCACAUUUCGCACCGAUAAGAAAUAGGAGACAAUCAGAGAGGAUUUUGUCACAGAGAGAAAAAAGAAACUAAACUAAGCAACUGCUGAUUUUUCUUAUUUAGUUUUUUCUUUUAAGAAUAAAGUUUUUGUAAAUUUACGUUUUUAUUUUUUUCUAAAUUAUGAAUACGUUAAUGUUCUUAUUCCACUUCGCAUUAGUAACAACGAUUUAUGGACAGACCAAUAAUACAGCUGGAACCGCUGACCCAGUGACAGUGAGUGCUAACCACACUGCAGUUUCCCCAGAAUCCCAUUCGAUGACAUCUCGCCCUACAGCUUACUCAACUGACCCAGUGACAGUGAGUGCCAACCACACUGCAGUUUCCCCAGAAUCCCAUUCGAUGACAUCUCACCCUACAGCUUACUCAACUGACCCAGUGACAGUGAAUGCCAACCACACUGCAGUUUCCACAGAAUCCCAUUCGAUGACAUCUCGCCCUACAGCUUACUCAACUGACCCAGUGACAGUAAGUGCCAACCACACUGCAGUUUCCCCAGAAUCCCAUUCAAUGACAUCUCACCCUACAGCUUACUCAACUGACCCAGUGACAGUAAGUGCCAACCACACUGCAGUUUCCCCAGAAUCCCAUUCGAUGACAUCUCACCCUACAGAUUCCAUUACAACGGAAAGCCGAAGCAGCCCUUCAGCCUCCACUCCAGUAGUAAAUGACACUUCCACUACUCCUGACCACUUCUACAAUGUUAAUGAUCCCGGUAGCCCAAAUAAUACUUCUGCUACCCCCACACCAACAGAGGAGACUUCCUCUGUUCCUGGACUAAACAUCUCCAGUACCAUCCAGCCCAAUGGCACAGAACCAACCAGUGACAUCAAUAACACCAGCAGCACAGAAACACUGACAUCGUCUCCUACAGGCUACAGUGAGCACACCACUGCAACGAAAGACAGCAUUUCGACAAGCGAAAUGAGCACUGCCCUUGAUUCCAGCACUCACAGUACCAUCUCCAGCACUUUCACAGAUCUGACAGAACCAAGUGGCACUGAUUUCAUCAGCAGUACCGAAUUUUUUACUGUUUCAGACUCUUCAAUCUCCACCAGAGACGGCACCUCUACUCCCUCACCAACAGUGACCAAGACCAUCUCUAUCACUGCACCCACCCAGGUCCACUACACUACCACCCCCCCAGGACUUUGCUCGUCCAACCCUUGUCCUUCUGAGAGCAUCUGUGUGGACCUCUUUGAAAACUUCACCUGCCAGUGCCCCUCUGGGAUGCUCUACACUGGGAGCAGCUGCAUAAUUGCUAAAGUAUUUCCUGGCAUCCUUCAUUUGAGUUUGGACUUUGAUAACCGUAUGUCUGACACAAAGUCAGAAAAAUUUAAAGAGAUGGCGAAACUCAUCUCAGAAACGAUGGCGAAGGUGUUAAAUAACAAUAACGGAUAUAUUGAAUCCAAAGUCAUCAGCCUCAAGGAGGGGAGCAUCAUCGCGAAUCUGGAGAAUAUAUUUGAUUACAGCUCCUCCAUCACAGAGAAGGAGAUCCUGAAAGAGAUAGAUAGUGCUAUCAAGAAAAACGACUACCCACUCCAGAAUGCAAAUUUCUCUGCCACAAGUGCAUGUGACUCUGCUCCACCUUAUUGUGCCAGUAAUACUGCCGAUUGCCAGUUUGACAAUGGAAUCGUCUCAUGUCCCUGUCUGGAUGAAUAUGUGCCCUUUUUGUUUUCACCAAGGAACUGCAUAGCUUGCCCAAGUGGUCAGAAAGCUAAAAAUGGGAAAUGUGUUUCAUGCCCCUUUGGUUAUUCAGGAUUCAAUUGCAGUGACUCCUCCUUGCUGGCAGUGGUGGUGAUCUCCUGUGUCUUGGGGGGGCUGCUGCUCUUCACACUCCUCACACUGCUCAUCAUCUGCUGCAGGACUACGAGUAAAGGUCAUAACUAUGGCAGCCCUUACUCCAGUCCCAAUGCUGCUGAGCCAUGGCCCAAUCAGGGCGUCCCUAAGAUCCCACGAGCUAACACCAACAACCAUUGGGAGCGGCCAGAAAUGGAAAUGAAAGAGAACGGCAAUGCACGGCCCAUGGCUGGCAGGGAACAAGUGCCAAGCAGACGGGGGUACUAUGAUGACCUGAAGAACUUUGCAGGCAGAAAUACUUCAAAGUACUCCCACCUUGUACAAGGCCAGGAAAAUCCAUAUUUUGUUCAUGAGGAUGAAGAUGGCAAGUAGAAGCUCAUCAAGAGUGGCCAUGCUUAUUGCAGAACAGCAUCCCUUUGUAUACGGAGCAUCAUGCCUUCCUGAAGACCUUUGCAAGGCAGUGUAAAUAGGUUCACCUUGUGUAUAAAGUGGCAGGGAAAAACUUGGUAUUCUCUAUCAUUUCUAAGCGUAACACAUUUAAAAUCUGCAAGUAUUCUUUCAUUGGAAUAUGUUUUAAAUAUGUAUUAUUCCCAUAGCUACCUUAAAGAUACUUUUUGUCAUCCAUAAAAAGUUUUGCAAUGUUUUCUUCCCAUAAAAUUAUUAUUUUUAAGAAACAGCAAAAACAGUCAACUCACUGCAUUUGACUUUAUCCCAUUUCGGAGUGUUUCCUGGUUUAGAGCACAACAAUUUGUACUACAAUGACAAGAUUUUGAGCAGUGUUAAUAAGCCUCAAAAUAGCAAGAUGUUCUUUGUUAGAUAACAAGAUUGUUAAAUAUAAAUGUUUUUAUUUAUGGAUAUUUUUUUUGUUAUUCUGAACACAACAAAAAUAAACAUCAUCAGACAGAAA